AUGUGGUCACUAGCAGCCUUCCUGCUCCUGGUUCCAAGCAUUGGGCAAGCUGCUACUCUGGAGAAGCCCAUAUUGUCUCUACACCCACCUUGGACCACAAUCUUCAAGGGGGAGAGGGUAACCUUGCGGUGUGAUGGGUACCACCCUCUGCUCCUGGAGCUCCGACCCAUCAGCACUCUUUGGUAUUUGGGCCACCUACUCCUGCCUUCUCACAAGAAGAGCAUUGAGGUGCAGACACCGGGGAUCUAUCGAUGCCAGACACGGGGAGCACCUGUCAGCGACCCCAUCCACCUCUCUGUAUCCAAUGACUGGCUGAUCCUGCAAGUACCCUAUGCUGUGGUGUUCGAGGGCGAGCCUCUGGUCAUGCGCUGCCGCGGUUGGUACGACAAGGUCGUCUACAAACUUCACUAUUACCAAGAUGACCAACCCGUGCGCUACUUCCACUCCAGCGCCAACUACACGGUGCCCCAGGCGCGCGCCAGCGAUAGUGGGCGCUAUCAGUGCUCCGGCACCAUGCGCAUUCCGGUAGAGAGCGCGCCCAUGUUCUCCGCUAAAGUGGCCGUGACCGUGCAAGAAGCGCGACACGCCACUGCAGUUCGCCUUCUACAAGUACAGUCGCCCAGUGCGCCGCUUCGACUGGGGCACGGAGUACAUGGUCCCCGAGCCCGAGGUCGAGGAGCUGGAAACCUACUGGUGCGAGGCAGCUACCGCCACCCGAAGCGUCCGGAAACGCAGCCCCUGGCUGCAGCUCCCUGGGCCGGGUUCUCCCCUGGACUUGGCGUCCACCACCGCCCCGGUCCCAAAGGCCGCGGCCUUGGCGCCGGCUAACAAGCCGCUUUCCUUCAGAAAGCCCCCAGUGUCCAGAUCGGUCCCCGCUGUCACCUCCGUCCCGAACACCACCUCAGCGGGGCUGCGGUUCCCCUCAGGUAGAGGGCCCACUGCUGAGCCACCAGCCUGCGCUCCCCCAACGCCCUUGGAACAAACCGCUGGUGCCCUGAAACCUGAUGUCGACCUUCUGCUCCGAGAAAUGCAGCUGCUCAAAGGCCUUCUGAGCCGGGUGGUCCUGGAAUUAAAGGAGCCAAAGGCCUUCCCAGAGCACAGGGAAACACUCGAGACCACUUCCCACUUUGCUGUGAGUCAGGGAACCCCGGAGACCACUGCUGUGGAGAGCUGAGGGAGGGGGUGCUACUGUCUCCUCUCCAGGCGUGUUCAUCCCUGGUCCUGCUUAUCAUCGCGUGGAGACCUUCCAAAGCCAUCUAUUUGCA